AUGAGUACUACUCCCCCACUUAGCCAAGGGUUCGGAUAUGGCAUUGUUGUUGGACUUGGGUUUGCCUUUUCCUUUGGUAUGAUUUUGACCACGUUCGUUCUGAAAAGAUACAACUAUGAGCUCCAAACUUCCGAGAUGUUUUCGACUGCUGGGCGCACAGUCAAGUCUGGUCUCGUCGCCUCUGCUGUUGUCUCGUCUUGGACAUGGGCAGCAACGCUUCUUCAAUCUAGUGCUGUCGCCUACCAAUACGGCGUCUCUGGUCCAUUCUGGUACGCGUCUGGAGCUACUGUCCAAAUCAUCCUGUUUGCUACUAUUGCCAUUGAGCUGAAACGAAGAGCUCCCAAUGCGCAUACCUUCCUCGAAGUCAUCCGAGCCCGCUAUGGUGCUGUGACGCAUGUUGUGUUUAUGGUGUUCGGAAUCUUCACCAACAUUCUGGUUACUUCAAUGUUGUUGACUGGCGGAUCCGCUGUUGUGACUUCGCUUACGGGAAUGCCAACGGCUGCAGCUUGUUUCCUCCUGCCUGUCGGAGUCGUGCUCUACACCAUGUUCGGUGGUAUUAAAGCUACCUUUUUGACCGACUAUGCACACACCGUGGUCAUUCUCAUCAUUCUUCUCAUGUUUGCAUUCACCUCAUAUGCGACCAAUGAGCAUCUCGGCAGCCCGGGUAAAGUCUUCGACUUGUUGGUUGAAGCAGCGAAGACCCAUCCCGUUGAAGGCAAUGCUGGUGGUUCCUACCUCACGAUGCGCUCUAAGCAAGGGGCCAUCUUCUUUGUCAUCAACAUUGUUGGCAAUUUCGGUACUGUUUUCUGUGACAAUGGCUACUACAACAAAGCUAUCGCUGCUAGUCCUGUAGAUGCCCUGCCAGGCUACAUCAUGGGCGGUCUCUCUUGGUUCGCUAUCCCAUGGCUCGCUGCAACAACGAUGGGCCUUAGUGCCCUUGCUUUGGAGAGUAACCCCGUCUUCCCCGGAUAUCCUAACCGUAUGUCUCACGCCGACGUCUCUGCUGGACUUGUCCUUCCAACCGCUGCGGUCGCCCUGCUCGGGAAAGGAGGAGCUGCUGCAGUCCUACUGCUUGUAUUCAUGGCUGUCACAUCUGCCAUGUCGGCUGAGCUCAUCGCUGUGUCUUCCAUCUUCACGUAUGAUUUCUAUCAAACAUACAUCAACCCGGCUGCUGCAGGCAAACAGUUGAUAUACAUGUCCCACACCAUGGUCGUAGGAUUUGCGGUGGCUAUGGCUGCUUGGUCUACAGGUCUCCAUUAUAUCGGGAUCAGCAUGGGAUACCUCUAUCUCCUUAUGGGCGUGAUCAUCUCGUCGGCUGUGUUACCCGCAACUCUGACCCUGAUGUGGAGCAAGCAGAACUGGUGGGCAGCGACUCUUACACCGCCCCUCGGUUUCGCUUGCUCGCUUAUCGCCUGGCUCGUUACAGCCCAGAAGGAAGGUGGUGAGCUGUCGGUCGCGAGCACAGGUGCCAAUAACCCCAUGUUGGCAGGCAACGUUGUGGCCCUCCUGUCACCACUUAUAUUCGUCCCGGUCUUGACCUUCGCAUUUGGUCCGCAGAACUAUGACUGGGUCAGCAUGAAGGCCAUUCGCAAAGGCGACGAUCACGACCUCGCUCUUGCCGCACACAUUGAUCUAGAGCUCGUUCCCGGCGAACAACGACAUGCUAUCGAGCAAGAAGAAGAAGAGCAAUCCAAGCUCCUCAAGGCAUCCCGCAUCGCGCGCUGGAUGACCGUAUUUAUGACGCUAGCUUUACUGGUCCUGUGGCCCAUGCCCAUGUACGGCUCAGGAUACAUAUUUUCCAAGAAAUUCUUCACCGGCUGGGUGGUCGUGGGCAUUCUCUGGAUGUUCUGUUCUGCUUUCUGUGUCGGCCUUUAUCCACUCUGGGAAGGAAGGAAGACGAGUAUUCGGACGUUCAAGUCAAUUUACCUGGAUGUUACUGGGAAGAAAAAGCCAAGUAGAGCCGGUAUGGUCAUGGAAGGCGAGGGCACUGAUACGCCUCCUGAGGCGGUUACGGAGAAGAUGAAGGAGUGA